CUUCUCUCUCUGCCCCUCCCCCACUCACACUGUCUCACUCUGUUUCUCAAAAAUAAAUUGUAAAAAAAAAAAAAAAACUGGCAAUGACCAGAAAGCCGAAAAGGUCUGUGUGAGGUCGUGGAGGACCUGCACAUGACAAUAUCUGAGUGAAGGCCAUGGUCAUGAGUGGGGUCCCCAGCUUUACAUGUUGGACCCCUAACCCCCAGGACCUCAGAACAUGACUGCACUUGGAGAUCAGGCCUUUAAAGAAAUGGUUGUGUUGAAACGAAGUGGGCCCUGAUCCACUCCGGCCUGUGUGCCUGUUAGGAGAGGAGGUCACAGACACGCACGGAGGGACGGCCAUGUGGGGACACGGCGAGAAGAUGACCACCUACAAGCUGAGGAGGAGCCAGCUCUGCUAACACCUGGCCUCCAGGAUGCGAGACGAGCAAUUGCCAUUGUUUCAGCCACCUGCCACCUGGCUGUGGCGGCCCCUGCAAAUCCAUGCGGCGCCGCUGGAAAAAGCAACCCAUCCGGUGUGCCUCCCUCAGGGUCCCAGGCUGGCAGGUGUUCGGAGCGCUUAACCCCACGGGAAGCUUGGGCUGCACACGACCCCGCCUGAAGCCCAGGACAGGGAGGGCGGGAGCUGCACGGGGGCCUGGAGGACCCUGACGGCCACCAUGAAGGCAUGCAGCGAGGCAGAUGUGGAGGGGCAGAUCCAGGAGCUGAAGACAAUCACUCGGCUCCAGGAGCAAUGCCGGGCACUGCAGAUCCAGGCGGUAAAGGAGAAGACGGUCAAGAACAGAGCCACGCUGGCUCUCCUGCACAGCACCAUCCGCCGUGGGGCCCAGGACUGGGCUUUGGCCAAGAAGUAUGACCAGCAGACCAUCUCCAAGGCCUGCGGGAAGGACGUGCCCAUGAGGUUGGCACACUGCCGCUGCUCCAUGGAGGUGGCGCGGGAGAAGCUGCGAAAGUACGUCUUCGACCGCGUGAACGUGCACAACGUACUGAUCCACCUGGUGCGACGGCGGGAGCAGAAGCUGGAGAGCAUGAAGCUGGAGCUGGCUAGUUUGCGGAGGCAGCCCGACAACACCAAGGAGGAGCAGCGCCUGCGGCAGGUCAUCCGCCAGCUGGAGAACAACAUUGAAAAGACCGUGAUCAAGAUCACGGCAAGCCAGAACAUCUACCUGCUGUACGUGGACCUGCUGGAUUAUCUGAAGAAAGAGCUGGCCAGCUACCCCACAGGGCUGGACAAGCUGCAGAAUCUCGUGGGUGACUACUGCUCAGAACUGUCAGACAUGACCAUCAUGUCCCAGGAUGCCAUGAUGAUUACAGAUGAGGUCAAGAUGAACAUGAGGCAAGCGGAGGCGACUUUCAUCGAGGAACGCAGGGCACGGGAGAACCGGCUCAACCAGCAGAAGAAGCUGAUCGACAAGAUCCACACGAAGGAGGCCACCGAGAAGUUCCGCAGGGGCCGGCGGGACUUGGACUUCCCCUCCAGCCUCAUGGGUGCAGAAACCGUGAAAGGUAACCUGAAAGUGAGGAAAAGAGAGACCUCCCAGGCUGAUAUCCAAUACCAGACAGACGUGACUGCUUUGGUGGAGAAAGUGAAGAUGGCCGUGCAAUGCUCCCACCUCUGGGACAUCGCCGGCCGCUUCCUGGCUCAGAGGACCACGGAAGAGAACCUCGGGCUGCAGGUGGAGGGCUGCGAGCGGCGGCGGGUGCAGCUGGAGGCCCUGAUGAAGAAGCUGGAAGCGGAGGAGACCGCGCUCAAGUUCCGCCAGCCGCCCAGCUCCGCCAGCUUUAAGUCUGUCGAGAAGAAAAUGAAGGACAUGCUGAGAGAGGAGGAAGAAAGGCUCCAGCUGGCCUACUCCAACAUGACCAAGAGCCAGAAGCUGCUGCUGACCAUCCAGAUGGGCAUUGACAACCUCUACGCCCGGCUGAUCGGCAUCACGCUGCCCACAGCCCAGAAAGAAGUGCUCUCCAACACCCUCGACGUGUCCAGCAAGCUGGCAUACUGUGAGGGAAAGCUCCUGUACCUGGCCGACAGACUGCAGGCGCUGUCCAGGACCGAGGAGGUCAACGCAAAGGUGAGGGAUACCCUGGAGUCCUCAACUCUGAAGGAGAAGGAGAACCAGAGGAUCAGCUUUGAAGACCUGGAGGACGAUGUGAUAGAAACCUUCCAGUUCGCAGACGUGGACCACAGCUACGUCCCCUCGCGGGCCGAGAUCAAGAGGCAGGCCCGGCGGCUGAUCGAGGGGAGGCUCAAGGUGGCCAAGAAAAAGAAGAAGUAACCCGGAGGAGGAGCCCCUGCCCCGCCCCGCAGCCCCCGCCCCCCAGCCGGCGCUUUGUUACACAAAUAAACAUUUUUCCAGGAC